AUGUAUGUGGCUUCUAGACCCUUCCCCGUUAACAUAUGCAGACGAGUUUUUUUCCUAGGCUCAAGAAAGUUGGAAUGUGUUAUUAACCGCGUUCGAUUCAGUAAUUUUACAGGUUUAUUUGGCUGUCGAGCAAGUCACAGAUUAAUUACUGUUUUGUCUUGUAGCACCAUGACAACCGUGUCAAAUAGUUUCAAGGGCUAUCAAUACUACGAAUUCGCUCUGCUUAAAGAUUUGACCCCAGAAAGUCGCAAAUUGGCCGAACAGACCUCCCAGAGUUUUGACGCCAAUGAAGAUUCACCAGCGGGGGUGGCAGCCGGACAGCCAGAAAACCUGUUGCCGGAAGAGGAAAUUGAUAAACAGUUGGACAAUUUAUUUUCCACGGGUGAUGCCGGCCCUGUUGACGGCGGCAGCAGUGACAAGAGUCUUGAUGAUCUAUUUUCUGCGUCGACGUCGGAGGACAAGGAGAUGGACGUAUUCCAGCCCUUUGAAAAAGCUCCGAAUGCAGAAGGUGGAGUUAAUGAGGACAUUGAUAUUACCAGCGAAGGAUUCGAUUUCGUUGAUGACCUUUGA